CAACUAUCAUACCUCCGCUAUUGGACUGAAUUCUAUGGAGCGGUGAUGAAAUUCGCCCCAUUCAUUUGGUUCCCUUCCCUACACACCCUGUCGCCUUAGGACUCGGGAAAUCACAGGAGAAAGUUUUCCCGAAAAAAUCAAGGGCGAAAGAACAAUCGCGAUGAUACCUUCUUCGGGGGACAAGCAGCUCACUCUCGCAUACGCGGCCGGGGCCUCUUUGGCCGCAGUCACCCUGGUCUAUGUCUUUGGCCCAACUUGGCUCAUUGAUUCCUCCAAUAACUCUUCAAGUCAGCGACGAAAAGGGGUGGUUGGUUUGGUUAACACUGCCAAUGAUUGCUUCAUAAACUCAAUACUCCAGGCAUUAGCUGGGCUUGGGGAACUAAGAGCUUAUCUUGUUCAGCAAACAAGAAACGCAAAAGCUAAUAGAGAAUUAGCCAGCUAUGGCUUAACAGUUGAUCGCAAGCCAUUUCUCACCGGAGCUUUAAAAGAUAUACUUGAUGGUCUCAAUGAGCGACCUAUACGCAAGAAGACAAUAUCCGCACGCCCUUUCUUGAAUGUUUUGGAACGAGUUUUUCAGCAGCAGAUAUCCCGGAGCCAACAAGAUGCUCAUGAGUUCUUGCAGGUUGUUGUGGAAACACUGGCUGAUGAGUACCACCAGCAAAGGAAAAGGUGUCAAGAGGCUGCGAAACUACGCAUAGAAAAUGAGAAAGUUUUACAGAGCGCUGUUGGGAAAUUUGAGCACGACAAUGAGGAGGAAUCUGAGAAACCCCGAAGGAUAGAUGACUUAGUAAUUAAUGUAGAGGAUAUAGACAAAAAGGAGGACAAGAGAGAACCUGAGGAGGGCGGCAUGCCGAUGGAAGGGAAAUUGGAAUCUGAGAUUGAAUGCUUGAAAUGCCGCUUUAAGCCAAAACCUUCGGUCUCUACAUUUGUGGUGCUCACGCUGCCAGUUCCUCAGAAGACUAGCACCACCCUCUCCGAUUGUAUAGACGGAGUCCUAUCCACAGAGCACAUAGACGACUUUACAUGUGCCAGGUGCCGACUCCAACACGCCCUCGAAACCUACUCCCUCAAACUAGAAACCGCAUCUUCAGACCCAGUCAGGAAAGAGUUAACCUCUAUUAUUUCAAAACUCCAACAAGCCAUCGAGACAAACCCCGAGAAGCACCCCGAGGGCAUUGAGCUCCCAUCCUCCCAAAUCGCUCCUAAAUCCCGAAUCGCCCGACGCACCCGCAUGUCCCAUUACCCCACCAUCAUAACCUUCCACCUCUCCCGCUCAAUCUACGACGCCUAUUCGUCCUCCCGCAAAAACAGCGCGAGAGUCUCUUUCCCGGAGGAGCUAAAAAUGGGCGGUCUCCUGGACCGGAAAGGGUACAAACUCCUCUGCAUGAUAACCCAUAAGGGCAGUCACGACAGCGGGCAUUACGAAUGCUUUAGACGGCAGAUUGUGCAUAGAGCACCAUACUCGACGCCUACGCCUGUGCCAUCCUCACCCCCCACGCCGAUCCCGUCGAGCCCAAAAACCGGGUCAACCAUUAGAUUGGUACCAGUGGACACGAAGGAAUCAGCGAAUGAAAGUCUAGCACCUUCCUCAGACAUCCAGACCCCAGGCGUUCCCUCGCCAUCGUCGGAUUCAUCUUCGUCGUCGUCCUCGACAUCGUCGAAUUCCUCCUCAGCCUCAGAUGGCAAAUCCACACCUCCUCUCUCUUCGAUAUCUACCCAUCCGAACGGAGAUUCAAGCCCCGCAGGGCCGACCAAUUUGGACGCUGUCGAGUCUUCCAUUCCUACUUCCUGCCUACCCCCUCCUGCUUCCGCAUCCGGUCCCGCUCCACCACCACCAACCAAGACCUCAACGACGACAAGAAAGAGGCUCAAGAAAAAGCACGGAAAUGACAAGUGGUGGAGGAUUAGUGACGAGAAGGUGAAAGAGGCGAGGACCUCGGAUGUGCUCGGGAUGCAGAAGGAAGUAUAUUUACUCUUUUACCAACGGAACUGCGAAGAAUAAAUAAGAGGCAACAUGGGCUGUAUUAUCACCUCCUUCUCCCCCUCCUUCUUUGUUUCUGUUGGUUCGGUUUUGUAAUGAACAUGUAUGUAUAUAGUCACCUGUAUCACAGGAUUCCCGA